GCAUUUUCAUGUUAAUUACAUAAUUUUUUGGAGCCAUCAAAGUCCAAGAGCAAUCGGCUCCUUCAGUGUAUGGAUAAAGUCCAUUGUCACUAUAUUGUGUUUAUCGUUUACGAGUUUAUCCUUGCGACUUUAGCUCUUUAAAUCCAAGUCUUUAACCAGAACUAUUGGUCGGCUCGAUUAGGUUAAGCUGGUUAAAAGUUAACCAGAUUAUGGGUAAACUCUUGUAGAUAUUUGUCUUCACCUUUUAGUUGUCAUUUGCCCACUGAAGUGACUAUUCAUCAUUUUUGAAUCUAGUCUUGAGUGUUAAUUUAGUUGACAAAAUUGAUUAAUUGCCGACAUUUGCUACCAUCAAAAUGACUUCAAUUAAUUUGAUUCUGACCAUUUCCUUGAUAUGCAACUUUAUACUUCCAGUUUUGACAAUUCAAUCAGCCAACAGACAGGGUAAUAAACGUUUGGGAUCAGAUAAAAGAAGGCCUGAACAACUCAGGAUAAGUACAAGUUUUGACUUGACAAUGGCAAAAGCCUCCCUGAAGGAUUUAUCUGAUUUUCUUGGUGAUAUUGCAAGAGGUGUUCUUGAACCUGAUACCGCAAACAUCAAGGGUAAAGCAUAUGGACUUAGAUGGACUUCAAGUCGUGCUGAUCAAACAAUUAUUUUAAACAUUACAAUACUCGAUAAAUUUGCUAGUUUGAUUCGCUCAGUUACUGGUCCUAGGCAUAGGCUUCCAUUAAAUUCACAAGUUCUUAAAGAUUCAAAGCACACCCAACGUCCAGUUCUUCAGACAAUAAUUGACUUCAUUGAGGAGCAAAUCAAUCAACAUUAUUCUCGUAAAAUUGGCCAAUUUAUGGUUAAACAAACUGCCAACUUUGCAAAUCUUUACUUUUCAUCUGCUGCUCAAGUAAUUUCAACUGGACUCUUGACUCUUUCAUCUUUGCUUGAUGGUAAAGAAUAGACAAUCAACAACAAUAAUAGAAACAACAAGUACCAGAAUACGUGUAUUGUAUAUAUGAUAAAUUGUAAUUAAUAAAUAAAAUUCUGUUGAUGAACAACUCUUGAGUAA